AUGAAAACCAACCAAUCAUGGGUCACCGAAUUUAUCCUGGUGGGAUUCCAGCUCAGUUCAGAGAUGGAACUUCUUCUCUUCUGGGUCUUCUCCCUCUUAUACUUCUUUGGUCUGCUGGCAAACGGCAUCAUCCUAGGACUCAUUUGGUCAGAUCCUCAAUUGCACACCCCCAUGUACUUCUUCCUCUCACACCUGGCCAUCAUUGACAUAUCCUAUGCUACCGGCAGUGUACCCCAUACUCUGAGAAACCUAGUGCAACACAAAAGAACUAUCUCCUUUAUCUCAUGCCUUGCACAGAUAACUUUGUGUUUGACUGUUGCCUGUACAGAAUGCAUGAUAUUGAUGGUGAUGUCCUAUGACAGGUAUGUGGCCAUCUGCCACCCUCUCCAGUACAUCAUCAUCAUGAACUGGAAAAGGUGCACAGUCCUUGCUGUCAUUUCAUGGGUAUGUGGAUUUUCUGUGGUAAUCAUAAAUAUAAUUCUUCUUCUAAGGCUGCCUUUCUGUGGACCCCAGGGUUUAAACCACUUCCUCUGUGACAUCUUAGAUGUGCUCAAACUGGCCUGUGCUGACACCUGGGUCAAUACAUUUAUUGUCUUUGCCUGUAGUGUGUUUUUUUUAAUUGUGCCCCUUUCCUUGAUGCUCAUCUCCUACACAUGCAUCCUCAGGAAUAUCCUGAAAAUCAAGUCAAAGGAGGGUCGCAAAAAGGCAUUUUCUACUUGCUCUUCCCACCUCUGUGUGGUUGGACUGUACUUUGGUAUAGCUAUGCUGAUGUACUUGGUCCCAGAUGACAGUCAACAGCAAGAACCACAGAAAAUUCUAACCCUGUUUUACUGCCUCUUCAAUCCAUUGCUGAACCCCCUCAUUUACAGUCUGAGGAACGCUCAGGUGAAGGGUGCCUUCUACAGGGCACUGGGGCAGAAGAGAGCCACGUGA